AUGCAUUCUCCGUUCUGCCUCGGCAGAAGCGGGUCCUGCACCCUGGGGAGCGGAGGCUCGCCGCUCUUCUCAUCAAAGAGUGACAAGCGGGAGCGGAGCAUGUUUUCGCACAUCAGAGGACGUAUUAGAUCACACUGUGAUGCUUUUGACUACUGGGGUAAAGGCACACAAGUGAUCGUCACAAAUGAAGUUCCCAAAGCACCGAAUGUGUUUAUGAUGUCUCCGUGUGAAUCCUCACCUGGUUCUUUACUUGUUGGCUGCUUGGCCACUGGAUUUGCUCCUACUGAAUCUGUCAAUUUCAGAUGGAUGGAUCAGCGCCUAAACUCUUUGACUAAUUUCAUCCAGUACCCUACAGUAGGAACUGGAAACAAGUUGAUGAAAGUCAGCCAUAUAACUAUUAAUGAAACCGAAUGGAAUCAAGGUGAAAUUAUCUGUGAGGCAAGACACCCAUCAGGAAAUGUCAAAGAAACAUUCAAAAUAGUGAAAUCACAAGAACCAACACUGAGCUUGGUUCUUGUAACAACCCAAAAAAGUACAUCUGUCAUGUGUGUCAUUGAGGAUUUCUAUCCCAAGAAGAUCGAUGUACAAUGGAAGGUGAAUAAUACCAAAAGCAUGAGCCAGGUAAAACUGGAACGCAAACUGAAUGGUACAGGUCAUUACACAGCAUACAGUUUUUAUGAAGUCAGCAGUGAGAAUUGGGAUGUGAAUACUCAGUAUACCUGUGAGGUAACACACCGGAGAAAACUGUUCACUGUGAGGAAAAACUUCAAAGCUAAAUUGUCACUGACAAUGAAGCCACCAAUUCAGAAAGAACUAUUUGCUAAUGAUAAAAUUGUCUUGCAAGCUGUUGUUUCUGGAGAUGUAAAAAAUACAGUGCAAAAUACUUCAGUAUCAUGUAAAGUGAAGGAUGAGCUUGUGCCCAAUGGGAAUAUCAAAACGGGGAAUGUUGAAUCUUCUGACACUUCUCAAUUUAAAAAAAUUUACGAUGUCACUGUUGACACAGAGAAAUGGUUUGAAGGUCACGUGGUCACCUGCACCAUCCGUGACACAAAUAAUAACAGAGACAUCGAGCAGAAGAUCAGAUUUCAAAAAGGAGAUGGAAAAGAGCCCACUGUUACCAUUUACAAACCUGAUAACGUCAAAGAUAAUAUCUCUCAUGUGUGUGAGGUCACCAGCCCUAAACUCGGUGAUGUCUAUGUUAUGUGGAAAGUGGGUAAUGAGUCUUACAGAGAGGGCACAACCAGUGCUCCCACCCAUCAAAAGGACUCCGCGUCUGUUCUCAGCAUCCUAACAAUGACAAAAGAAGAGUAUAAUGUCAUCACCUGUGCAGUGAUUCAUGCCAACAUGACCAAUAGAAGAGCUCCAUUACAAGUGUCAACAAGCAAAACUAAAUUGUCACUGACAAUGAAGCCACCAAUUCAGAAAGAACUAUUUGCUAAUGAUAAAAUUGUCUUGCAAGCUGUUGUUUCUGGAGAUGUAAAAAAUACAGUGCAAGUUACUUCAGUAUCAUGUAAAGUGAAGGAUGAGCUUGUGCCCAGUGGGAAAAUCAAAACGGGAAAUGUUGAAUCUUCUGACACUUCUCAAUUUAAAAAAAUUUACGAUGUCACUGUUGACACAGAGAAAUGGUUUGAAGGUCACGUGGUCACCUGCACCAUCCGUGACACAAAUAAUAACAGAGACAUCGAGCAGAAGAUCAGUUUUCAAAAAGGAGAUGGAAAAGAGCCCACUGUUACCAUUUACAAACCUGAUAACGUCAAAGAUAAUAUCUCUCAUGUGUGUGAGGUCACCAGCCCUAAACUCGGUGAUGUCUAUGUUAUUUGGAAAGUGGGUAAUGAGUCUUACAGAGAGGGCACAACCAGUGCUCCCACCCAUCAAAAGGACUCCGCGUCUGUUCUCAGCAUCCUAACAAUGACAAAAGAAGAGUAUAAUGUCAUCACCUGUGCAGUGAUUCAUGCCAACAUGACCAAUAGAAGAGCUCCAUUACAAGUGUCAACAAGCAAAACUAAAUUGUCACUGACAAUGAAGCCACCAAUUCAGAAAGAACUAUUUGCUAAUGAUAAAAUUGUCUUGCAAGCUGUUGUUUCUGGAGAUGUAAAAAAUACAGUGCAAGUUACUUCAGUAUCAUGUAAAGUGAAGGAUGAGCUUGUGCCCUAUGGGAAAAUCAAAACGGGAAAUGUUGAAUCUUCUGACACUUCUCAAUUUAAAAAAAUUUACGAUGUCACUGUUGACACAGAGAAAUGGUUUGAAGGUCACGUGGUCACCUGCACCAUCCGUGACACAAAUAAUAACAGAGACAUCGAGCAGAAGAUCAGAUUUCAAAAAGGAGAUGGAAAAGAGCCCACUGUUACCAUUUACAAACCUGAUAACGUCAAAGAUAAUAUCUCUCAUGUGUGUGAGGUCACCAGCCCUAAACUCGGUGAUGUCUAUGUAAUGUGGAAAGUGGGUGAUGAGUCUUACAGAGAGGGCACAACCAGUGCUCCCACCCAUCAAAAGGACUCCGCGUCUGUUCUCAGCAUCCUAACAAUGACAAAAGAAGAGUAUAAUGUCAUCACCUGUGCAGUGAUUCAUGCCAACAUGACCAAUAGAAGAGCUCCAUUACAAGUGUCAACAAGCAAAACUAAAUUGUCACUGACAAUGAAGCCACCAAUUCAGAAAGAACUAUUUGCUAAUGAUAAAAUUGUCUUGCAAGCUGUUGUUUCUGGAGAUGUAAACGAUACAGUGCAAGUUACUUCAGUAUCAUGUAAAGUGAAGGAUGAGCUUGUGCCCAGUGGGAAUAUCAAAACGGGAAAUGUUGAAUCUUCUGACACUUCACAAUUUAAAAAAAUUUACGAUGUCACUGUUGACACAGAGAAAUGGUUUGAAGGUCACGUGGUCACCUGCACCAUCCGUGACACAAAUAAUAACAGAGACAUCGAGCAGAAGAUCAGUUUUCAAAAAGGAGAUGGAAAAGAGCCCACUGUUACCAUUUACAAACCUGAUAACGUCAAAGAUAAUAUCUCUCAUGUGUGUGAGGUCACCAGCCCUAAACUCGGUGAUGUCUAUGUUAUGUGGAAAGUGGGUAAUGAGUCUUACAGAGAGGGCACAACCAGUGCUCCCACCCAUCAAAAGGACUCCGCGUCUGUUCUCAGCAUCCUAACAAUGACAAAAGAAGAGUAUAAUGUCAUCACCUGUGCAGUGAUUCAUGCCAACAUGACCAAUAGAAGUUCUCCAUUACAAGUGUCAACAAGCAAAACUGAAUUGUCACUGACAAUGAAGCCACCAAUUCAGAAAGAACUAUUUGUUAAUGAUACAAUUGUCUUGCAAGCUGUUGUUUCUGGAGAUGUAAAAGAUACAGUGCAAAAUACUUCAGUAUCAUGUAAAGUGAAGGAUGAGCUUGUGCCCAAUGGGAAUAUCAAAACGGGGAAUGUUGAAUCUUCUGACACUUCUCAAUUUAAAAAAAUUUACGAUGUCACUGUUGACACAGAGAAAUGGUUUGAUGGUCACAUGGUCACUUGCACCAUCCGUGACACAAAUAAUAACAGAGACAUCGAGCAGAAGAUCAGUUUUCAAAAAGGAGAUGGAAAGAAGCCCACCGUUACCAUUUACAAACCCGAUAACAUCACAGAUCCGCUCUCUCAUGUGUGUGAGGUCACCAGCCCUAAACACAGUGAUGUCUAUGUAAUGUGGAAAGUGGGUGAUGAGUCUUACAGAGAGGGCACAACCAGUGCUCCCAUCCAUCAAAAGGACUCCACGUCUGUUCUCAGCAUCCUAACAAUGACAAAAGAAGAGUAUGAAAAGCCCAGCACCACCAUUACCUGUGCAGUCAUUCAUGCCAAAACAGAAGAUUUAAGAGCUCCAUUACAAGUGUCAACAAGCAAAAGUGAGACACCUGAGCCAGACACAGGCUUUGCUCUGGACUGCAAUAAAGAUGUUCUUGAGGAGGAUGAGUUCAGAAGUCUCUGGUCCACUGCCACCUCAUUCAUCUUUCUCUUCCUCUUCUCUCUGACCUACAGCGCUGUGCUCAGCUUCUUCAAGGUGAAGCAGUGAUGAUUUGUUAAAAGAACUUGUGAAGACCCCAAGGUUUCUUAUUUGUUCUGUGACAGUAAUUAAAUGUUGGUCGAAUGUAUUUAGGAACCAAAAAAGCAGAAUAAUCACUUCAUCUCUAUCUAUCUUUUGUUCUGUCUAUUCAUGUCUUUCUGUACGCUUGUCUGAAAAACAUAUAGAAUUUCUGAGAUGUUGAAAAUGCGUUACUUGGCUCCGUGCACACAUUUUGGAAGACAAUGACAAACAUGUACACAUAUCAAUAAAGUCUUAUUAU